AUGGUGGAGUUAAAGCAGCGUCUCCUUUGGCUGCUUUAUGAUCUUGGUCUCCUCUCACGCUACCCACUUGGACUUACAAAUUUGGCUGACCUUGAAGAUUCCUUCCCCACAUUGGGCCGGCCUGCGCCGUCACUUUCUACGCCUCCGCUAUCUGAUAACCAACCUGUUAUCCAAUUGCCAACUCGUUCCAUCCCUUCCCAUAUCUCACCUACUCCUUCCUCUGGGACCGCAUCCGAGUACACUCAAGGACUCUUGGACACUGCAAAUAUUCAGUUCUUUACGUCUUACUUCCCCUUUGAGCGGCGAGCAUAUCCCCUUUAUAGACAACCAGAUCCUGCGACAUCACCCAUCCGAGCUGCGCACUCGGGACACUUUUCAUCUCCUGCAAAUUCUCCAUCUCCACUGGCAUCAUCAUCUUCACCGCUUUUGGCAUCUCCUUCUCCUUUCCAUCCUGCCUCAAACUCAGUUUCGCCAUCAACUUGUCCUGCCUUAGCACUUUACCAUGAGGCAGUCCGUGUUGACCUAACUUACUAUGAUAAUCAGCAUGUCUAUCCCUACACUUGCUUGGCAGGAUACUAUCUACGUCAUGGCAAUCGUCGCGGCGCCUUACGGCAUUGGGCUCAUGCUGCUCAGGUCAUAGGACAGUAA